AUGUCGUUGGUUCCGGAUCUCUAUCCAGAUCAAAUAGUGGACUAUGCAGUCCAGGAACUUGCUUACGAAGGUAGUGCUGGUGUAUCAUUCGAUAAAUUGUGGGAAUUGGUAUCCUUGAAGGUCAAUGUUGAUGCAUUAUACAAAAAAAUCAUAUACUCUUGGUUAUCGAAAAACGAUUCAAUCGAAAUAUUAAACGACAAUCAAGAAAUCAUUAGCCCUAAUCCAAAGUCUUUUGAUGAAAUUGAAAAAGGUCGUUACUUUAUUAGAGUGACAAGUGAAUUCCAAUGGUUAUCGUUAACUGGUUCUCCAAGAGAAAACAAUCCAGUAGGUGGAAUGGCAUUCGAUUUGUUGGUGGAAAUUGCUAAAUCCCGUCAGGAAGGUAUUGACUCAUAUACUCUCACUAAAACUACUAAUCAAGAUGCAAGAAGUUUGACAUCAAGAAUCAAAGUACUGAGCGCGUUGAUCCAAAAAAUUCCAAUCAUAAGAAAUGGUCGAACUUUGAGUCUUUUAAUCUUGAAGAAGUUUUAUCAACCGAAAAAAAUUGAUACAAUUGCUGUCUCAAAUGAUGAAAAGAAUAUUACUAUUAGUACAGAUGAUAUAAGAGGUCGCAUAGUUAGUACUUUGAAAGCAGCUAAACAUGGAGUUCGUCAAGUGGGUGAUCUUAGAAGGGAAAUGGAAAUGGACAAAGCACAGCGAAUAAAGCGAACAUUCAGAUCCUCUGUUAAUUACCUCGAAGAUAAAGGGUAUUUGGCAAAAGUGUUGGUGGUUUCACCCGCUGCUCCUAAAAGGAAGUUCUCUGCUUUGAAAUACUUGAAAGAUUAUGUUCCUAAAGCGGAUAGAAUUGAGGAUGUUGAUGAAGAGGAAGUCACAGAAGACGAAGAGGAAGAAGAAUUUGAUUUGAAUGAUCAGAUGAUUGAUGAUGAUUUGAAGAAUCUGGAAGACGAAGAGCCACCAACAUCACUUGCAAAUGUUGAUAACCUUGAAAUAAAGUCAUCAAUUGACGACACCGAGAUUCCAUUAUUUAAUAGAUUCUUUCCAUUCCAAAAUCAAGUAUUCGAAAUUGUUGAUGAAACAGAAACUUUAGGGAUGUCGAGUAUCGAAAUUCUGGAUUCUGUGUUCGGUAGGUCUUAUAAACGUUUGUUUUCCAAAAUAAUCGAAUGUUACACUACAGGGAAAAUGGAGCCACAUAUUGCCAACCACGGAAUAGAAAGACAUUAUGAUUUUAAGGGAAAGGUUAAAUUUUACCGUUAUUUGACAAGACCCAACUUCUUAAGGCUAUCAAACGCCCCAUUAGAUCCAAAUGGUUCAGAACUUCCAUCUUUUGAAGCUGCAAAGUUGCCUCUUGAGAUGUUGAACAAAAAGAAUUAUAUUCCAAUGAACACAGGGGUAGAACUGAUAGAGAACAACGGUUCAUUUUCUAUUUAUUGGUUUGGUCAUUCAUCUGAUAUAGUCGCAAAAGCAAGAGCUGCUCAGAAAGCUAGAGAUGCUAAAUCUCUCAACACUGCUGUUGUUAAUGUUGUUGAUAACACCAAACCUGAUACAGAAGAAGUUCCGAAAGACGCAGAUAAAGCUAAUGCAAAAGAGGCUCAAAAGGAAAUUGUUAAACCCUUGAACACGUUGAAAAUUUCGGACCUUGAAGGACCUUCAUUUAAAGCCAUCGAACGUUUAAGCGUUAUCUUGAAAGUGUUGGAAGAAAAUUCAGGUGUUAUGGUCAAUGGGUUCCCUCUUCUUGAUGCUGUUAGAUGUGCAUUAAACAUCAAUGUUGAUAAAAGAACGUUCAAAAGAGAUUUGCAAUCCUUGAAUUCUCAAGGUAAAAUUUUUUUCGAUGAAGUUUUUGCUCUGAGAGAACUAAGCUAUAAAGUUGUUGUCUUAACAUCAGAAGAUUCUCAAGCUGCUAUAGAUGCCUUUAAGGAAAAAGUGAAAGAUAAGCAAAAACAGAAAAAAGCCGCUCCAUUCAAAAGAUAUGAUGAACUUAAAAACAUUGAUAUCGGCUUUUAUGAUAAUGAUAUAGAGAGAUCUUUCAAUGAAGUACCUGAGACACGGGCCUCAAAGAGACAAAGGACCAAGAAAAGUGAAAUUGCUAAAGAGAUCGAGAGUGAAUCAAAAGAACAACCAAAACUUGUUAAACAGAAGAGACCAAACAAAAAGGAGUCCAAUUCACAGAAGGCUGUCUCUGAACCAAAACCAAGGAAGAGACCCGUCAAGCCUAAACAGGAGACCCAUAAUGAUGCUUCAGAUUGGGAUACCAACUCAAAGAAAGCUAGAAAACCUCAUGGUACUCGUAAAAAAAGAAACUCAUCACAUUUGAACAGCACAGAGACAAUGCUCUUAUUCAAGGCUGUUAUUAUCUGUAAAACUAUCAAUGAAAAUCAAAUCAGUUGGGAAAAAAUUACAAAAUUAUUUGAUGGAGUUUCACAAGAAGUUUUACGUAAAAAAUGGCCACGUAUAAGAUUAAUGAUGGGCCCUGAAGGUAGUAAAACUGCUAGGAGAACAUGGAAAAGAAUUCUAUUAGCUGCCGUUAGAGAAGGGAAGAUAACGUUACCAGAAGUUGAGCAAUUGGAACUUGAAACUCUUGUUAAGUUAUGGCAAGAUGCUGAAAUCAUGGGUGGUGUUGAUGAAACUAAUGAUGGACUAUUUGCAAAUUAUGAGGAAAAUUUUUCUCACUAUAACUUUGUUAAAAAUCAAAGUAUCUCAAAUGCUUUCGCAUAUGAUAGCAAUUCAAUGAUUCAAAGAGAACAAUAUCUAGUUGGGAAAUCAUUUACUUAUGUUGAAGAUUACGAAGAAAUCAAAGAAGGAACUCCUGAAACCUAUUCCAAUAUUAGGAACAUAAUCAUUGCUAUACUGGCUAGUGGCCCAAAUUCCAACAUCAGAAAGUUACCGUUAUUAGAGUCAUUUGAUAAAAAAGAUAUUGAUGAAGUGUUUGUCGAAAUGACAAAAAGAAAAGAAGUUGUUGUUGGAUCAGAUUCGAAAGUUAUUUUAGGAGAAACUUUAACACAUAUUUUGGAUGAUAAUUCAUAUGAUUUUUCAUUACAGAAAGUGAAUCAUUUACAUGCCAUCCUAAAGAAUCUUUUUGAAGCCAAUAGAGGUUUAGUUUUGGAUCCAAUUUUUGAUAAUUCAUUUAUGGUUCCCAUAUUGGAAUUAUUAAAUCAAGGUGGAUUGAAUUUGAUAAGAGUUGAUCAUUAUAGAAGAGAAGUGUUGAGUGGCUAUGAAGCUAGAACAUUAGAAAGAGAAAAAUUGGAUUGUGAUGUCAUUUUAUCUAAAGGUGAUGUGCCAAUCAAAGAAGCAUCUGAAACUUCACCUUUAGUACCAAUGGGUAAACCUUGUUCACGUGUCUGGGUCGAUGUUCAAGGCCAAAUUAAUAAAUCUGUAUGGUUCAAAGUGAAUAGGGCGGUGUUAACUUCAAUCUUAUCACAACCUGGUAUAACAAAAUCUGAUUUGUUUAGAAAGUUAUCGCCAUUAUUAACAAGACCUGAAUUGUUGGAGAUCAUUCAAUGGCUCAAAGAUGCUAAAUCUAUCACGGAAAAGGAAUUCGAAGGGUUAUGGCUUUUGCCACAAUGGUAUACAGUGUUUGGAGUAUAA